AUGGCCCAGCUGGUAGUGCUGGGCACACUGCUGUGCACGCUGCACAGCGGGUUAGGUGUACUAGAUUAUUCCGAGGACUUCUCACCCCUUCCGGCCCACCACUGCCCUGACCAGUGUGUCUGUGCUGCUGAUGUGUUGAGCUGUGCAGGCCUGGGGCUGCAGGAAGUGCCAGCCAGGAUCCCUGCCGCUGCUGUGAACCUCGACCUAAGCCACAAUGUACUCCAGCGCCUGCGUCCCAGCUGGUUGGCGCCCUUCUCCCGGCUGCGCACGCUACGCCUAGACCACAAUGAGUUGUAUUCAUUAGGUGGUGGUGUCUUCACCAAUGCCAGUAGCCUGAAGCUGCUUGACCUAUCGUCUAACGCUCUGCGGGCCCUGGGCCGCCACGACCUUGAUGGGCUUGGGGCACUCGAGAUACUGUUGCUGUACAAUAACCACUUGGCCCACUUGGAUGAGCACGCCUUUCGUGACCAGGGCAUACUCAGCCGACUCUACCUGGGCUACAAUGAACUGGCCUCCUUCGAUUUCGACCACCUACAUGGGCUGGACACCGCCCACCUACGCAUCCUAGACCUCUCUUCCAACCACCUGAGGCGCAUUCCAGUGCUGAAGCUGGCGGCACUGCCAGCCUUUCUCAAGAAUGGCCUCUACUUGCACAAGAACCCCUUGCCCUGUGACUGUCGCCUCUACCACCUGCUGCAGAACUGGCGUCAGCGGGGCCUCAGCGCCGUGCACGAUUUCGCCCACCUAUACACGUGCCUGGCCUUCAAUGUCCCAGCGUCCCGCGUAAGCUUCUUCGACCACAGCCGUGUCUUUGAAAACUGCUCGGUGGCCACUGCUCACAACUUAGAGCAAUCGGAACAGCGGCUACCCGUGCAAGUGGGCAGUUCCCUGCAUCUGCGCUGCAACACCAGUGCUCCAGCUAUCCACAUUGCCUGGGUCUCCCCGCAGCACGAGCUGCUUCUUGCACCAGGAUCCCAAGAUGGUACUAUCAAGGUACAGGCUGAUGGCAGUUUGGUCAUCAGUAAUGUGCAGCUGCGUCAUCAGGGCAUUUUUGUCUGCCUGGCCAGUGGGCCCCGUCUACACAACCAGACUCAUGAGUACAAUGUGAGUGUGCACAAGCCUGACUCUAAACCUGAGGCUUUCAACACAAGCUACACCACGCUGCUGGGCUGCGUUGUGGGGCUAGUACUGGUGCUGCUCUACCUGUUCUUGCCACCCUGUCGUGGCUGCUGCCGUUGCUGCCGCUGCUGCCGAUGGCCACGAGCACCCAGCCCUCUCCAGGAACUGAGUGCACAGUCCUCGGUGCACAGCACCACGCCACCAGAGGCACUCAGCCGCAAGGCCAGCACCCACAAGCAUGUGGUCUUUCUGGAACCCAGCAGGAGCGGCCUCAAUGGUCGAGUGCAGUUGGCUGUAGCUGAAGACUUCGACCUCUGCAACCUGGGGGGCCUGAAGCUCAAGGUCAGCUCAGAAUCUGCUAGCUCUACUGGCUCUGGGGGUCCAGUGAUGAUCUAG